CGCGGCGGCCUGAGCCCCCGGGUCGGCAGCGGGCAAGGCGGGGCACCCGCGGCAGGCCGCGCCCCCGCCCCUCGGCCCCGCCUCCUGCCUGGGCCCCGCCCCCGGCCGGCCCGGAGGAUGUGAGCUCACUCUCACCUCCCUGCUCCCGACGCCGCCAGGAAGUGUCCGCCUGAGGUCGCGGCCCGCUCGCUGACAACUGGCCGGCCGGGGAGACGGCAGCUCGCCAGGCACCCAGCCCGAGUCGCCCGCCCCGACCUUCCCGGCGCCACACGGAGUAGCUCCUUUCCAAAUGGGUACGGAGUGAAGGCGGGCGACAGGGCGGACCCAGCGCCCCCACUCGCAGACUCCCCGCAUCUCGGCCCACCGCGCUUCCGGCGGACCACGUGACCGCGCGCGCACGUGUUCCGGCCUCGGCGCCGCUGGCCGGAAGUUACUCCGACCGGCGCCCGGCUGCUGCUCACUGAGAGCCGCAGCGGGCUGGCCUGGGAGGCGGCGGGCCCGGGGAGGGCGCGGAAGCGGCGCGCGCCGGGGGGCGGACAGCGGCCUCGCCAUGAACCCCAGGGGCCUGUUCCAGGACUUCAACCCGAGUAAGUUUCUCAUCUACGCCUGCCUGCUGCUCUUCUCCGUGCUGCUGCCCCUCCGCCUGGACGGCGUCAUCCAUUGGAGCUACUGGGCCGUGUUCGCCCCCAUCUGGCUGUGGAAGCUCCUGGUCCUCGCGGGCGCCUCGGUGGGCGCGGGCGUUUGGGCGCGGAACCCGCGCUACCGCACCGAGGGGGAGGCCUGCGUGGAGUUCAAGGCCAUGCUGAUCGCUGUGGGCAUCCACCUGCUGCUGCUCAUGUUCGAGGUCCUGGUCUGCGACAGAGUGGAGCGGGGGACCCACUUCUGGCUGCUGGUCUUCAUGCCGCUCUUCUUCGUGUCCCCCGUGUCCGUGGCUGCCUGUGUGUGGGGCUUCCGACACGACCGGUCCCUGGAGCUGGAGAUCCUGUGCUCCGUCAACAUCCUGCAAUUCAUCUUCAUCGCCCUGAGGCUGGACCGGAUCAUCCACUGGCCGUGGCUGGUGGUGUUUGUGCCGCUCUGGAUCCUCAUGUCGUUCCUCUGCCUGGUGGUCCUCUAUUACAUCGUCUGGUCCCUUCUGUUCCUGCGCUCCCUGGAUGUGGUUGCUGAACAACGAAGAACGCACGUGACCAUGGCCAUCAGCUGGAUUACCAUCGUGGUGCCCCUACUCACCUUCGAGGUUCUGCUGGUGCACAGGCUGGAUGGCCAUAACGCCUUCUCCUACAUCUCCAUAUUCGUCCCCCUUUGGCUCUCGUUAAUCACAUUGAUGGCCACAACCUUUAGGCGGAAAGGGGGCAACCAUUGGUGGUUUGGUAUUCGCAGAGAUUUCUGUCAGUUUCUGCUCGAAAUUUUCCCAUUUUUAAGAGAAUAUGGGAACAUUUCCUAUGAUCUACAUCAUGAAGAUAGUGAAGAUGUUGAAGAAACAUCGGCUCCAGAAGCUCCUAAAAUCGCUCCGAUGUUUGGAAAGAAGGCCAGGGUGGUGAUAACCCAGAGCCCUGGGAAAUAUGUUCCCCCACCUCCCAAGUUAAAUAUUGACAUGCCAGAUUAAACUCGGCUUCUGGGGUGUGCCCACAAGUGGAAGAGAAACCAGAUACACACAGAAUCCACCUUACUUUGGCCUCCUUGCUCAUCCAUGCCAAAUCUGGAACUGAAACAAGCUCCAGAUAUCAUUUCAUGCCUUGUGUGAGAUCGACGCUUAUCAGAGACUCAUCAGUAUUCACCAGAGAUGUAGGAGGCUGUGUGUGUGUGUGUGCGCCUGUGUGUGUGUGGUGUGCCUCCCUCCAUGUGUGAGGAACUUGUUUUGUAGGCUGGUGCUCGCAGAGCUUGCUGAGAGCAGUAAAUUGAAUUGUUUUGGUAGGUCCUCAAAUGGAAUAACUACACAGCUGGGUUUUUUUAAAGUGGUACUAUACCUAUCAAAAGUAUUGUUUUGAAAAGUAUUUUUAUACACUGCAAACGUAAACCUGUAUUUCAGAUUGUGCCUGUUCUCUUUCCCACCACUUGCAUAUAAACCUCAUAGUUAUUUAGUUUUCCUACUGUUAAAGUGGUUUUUCUUUGGGCUUUGCUGAUACUGGUCUUUAAUAGCCUAAUAGGUGAAUUUUUCUAGUGCAGUGAAUCCAUCCAUAUGUGAUAUUUAUGACUAUUGUAGCACUGUAAUAUGUUGAAUUCUAGUUUUGUGCAGUACAGUGUAUUAUGUUAAAGUAUUUUUUUAAGUUUAUAUGUGAAGAUAUAUGUCUAUUGCAGAUGUUGUUAAAGACUGCUUAAAACAUGAAUAUGUACCUGGCCUGGGGUCUUAUCAGAGCUCUAGGCAUGAGUAUAGGGAUUGAAAAUCCCCAAAAUCUUCAUAUUCAGGUGUUAGAUGAUUCCGUCUGCAGUUUGGAGGUCUCUCUUGGAAGGAGCCACCGUCCUUUGGGAACAGGUGACAUGCUGCAGUGUGGUACCAGACCCUAAAGUGACACUUACUCAGCACCUUGAAUUCUUCCACACAGGCAAGAACAUUUCUUCAGGAACAACCAACGGAAGCACGUGGUUUGUACAUUUCUAAGAAUUUUAGAAUAUUAGUUGGCCAUGACAUACAGUGGUGUUUGUACUUGCCAUUGGAAAGCUGGAGAGUGGCCUUAACCGGAAAUUGUCAGCAGGAUCGAGUACUAUUUUAAGUUCCAAAGUUUUUGAUCUGGCAGCAACAGGGAAAUAAUAGUUUAGGUUAUCUUUUAAACAAGUACAAUGUUUGCUUUAGGUACUGGUGGUACCGGGGAAUCAGAAGGGCAAAUACCAGAUCCUGCGAGAGUAACGUUCUGAGAACAAAUAAAUGCUUUCAACAGGAGGUUAAAAUUAAAAGGAGUAUUGAUAUUAUUACUGGGGAGAAGGCUGGAGGGAACCCAUUUCUGUUACUAGCAACCUAGUAAAAAUGAUCUUACCUGGGCUUCAUGUGAAUUAAGUAAACAAUUUACCUGGUGAGAAGACACGCUAGCAGCAAAGCCAGCCUUGGGAACCCAGGUCCCUGGAAGCUUGAGAGGGCCACAGCUCAGUUUAGUCACCUAGAACUGAACUGAGGUCAAGACAUGCACACAGUUGGCUUCUGCCAGCGGUCAGGAUGUGGGCGGCAGCCCUGAGCAGCAGUGGGUGUGACAUUUCAAGAGCGAGGAUUCACUCAUUCGCUUUCUCAACAAAUACUUAUUGAGGACCGACUCUGAGCCAGACAUGGAUGUGCAGAUCCAUUGGAAAGCAAUUCAGACGUGGCCCCGCCUGCACACACGAAGCACACAAAACUGACGGGAAGGUAGUGCUUGUCGCAGCAGCCCUCCUGCUGGAGGGGCCAGGCCAAGAGCAGGGUAUGUGGAAUGCGUGAGAGGAUGCUACUGGCCCCGGGGGAACUUCACCUGGAACUUCAGGCCCGCCUUUGUUUCAGGAGCCCUGCCCCGAUUGCCCCUCCACCCCCAAAUGAUAGCUCAAAGGCCUUGGCUUACACUUCGGUAGGAUUUGGGAGCAGAGGAGGAGGUUGCAGGAGGAACUGAAGGGCAGGUUUGGGGGCAGCAGUGCAAUCACCAGCACCACAGUUUGAGGCCAGGGGCUUGCUGACACCUAAAACAAUCCCUCCUAACCUAGGGGGCCCCUCCCACACUCACCUAGCCCAGCUCCUCUCCUUACCCCAGGUGGCCUGGUGUUGGAAAGCCAGUACCUGGAUGUGGUGACAGGCUUGCUCAUCCUAUCAGGCCUCUUUCCUGCCUCAAGACCAUUAAGUGAAAACAGCAGGAGUGACAGGUUGUAGAAGGCUGUUUCAUCUGUGAAGUUAACACAGUCUCAGCUGUGCCUGGGGAUUUACUUACUUGCUGGUGCAACUCUUGACUACUUACAGCAUUUAGCACGUAUCAAAUUCUCUAACCAGUGUCUCCUGUAAGAUGCUUAGUCAGCUUUUACUGCAAAACAACCUCAAAAAUCUCAGUGGCCUACCAAUUACAAAUUUGCGCUCUGGGGCCUUUGGCAUUCACACUCCAGGCUGUGGGUGUUGACCAGGUCUCUCCUAUGAAGCAUCCCGCAUCCCUGAUUCUAUUCCAGGUCCUGGGACAGGAGUAGCCGUCCCUGGGGCAUGUCCUUUCUCAUGGGAGAAGCACAAGAGGCCAAGCCACCUGCACAAGCGCACCUAUAGCCCCUGCUAGCAUGCAGUGUAUGACAGGUGUACUGUCCUGUUGGUCCAAGCACAAGGCCAAGCCCGACCUCGGGGUGGCCAAUUCAAGCCCAAGGAACAAUGACACAGUCUGCACAGAUGCUGCAAGACAGUUCUAGAGGCUAAAAAGGAAUCACAAAAUUUGUGGUAGAACAUGAAUGAUUUUCCCCCUAUGUUUUAUAAACUUUCUGUAAUUUUUUAAAAAGUUCAUUGUUCAGUACUGUAAUAAUAAUUAGAAGAGAAUCCCAGGGGGUGGGGAUCUGAGGUGAGAUGAGGAAGAUCCUGCAUUCAGACCCCUCUGUAAAGCGUGGAGCAUCCUGGGAAAGCGUGGCAUGUCCUGGGGCUCCACUCAGGAUGGGUUUAUGACAGUGCUGGACUCUGAGGGUUCCUCUGGGAGCCCUGCAGGAUGCUCUGGGAAGGCCCAGUGUGGGCACAGGGGCACCAGCUGGGUAGGAAGUGUUGGGAAACAAGGAUGAAGCGGAGUCUAGAUGAGCCUGGGCAGCAGAGCAGGUGAGGGAUGAAGCAGACCCUCCCGCCAGGCCUCAGACCUGGAGAGGAAGCCGUCGGGGGCAUCCGGGGAGCCCACAUGCUGGCAGGGAAGCCGGCACCAAGCUCAGCGGGCACGUGGGGAUCGAGGGGAGUUGUGCUGCCAGAAAACCCAGCAAGGUCGCACCUCAGGGGCCACCUGGUGAGGACACUGCAGCUGCUCCCCCACCACCAGCCACUGCCACCAGAGUGACAGAUGCCACCAGUGUGGCCCCUGCUGCCACGAGGGAUUCCUGAGCCGUCUGUGUCACAAGCUCAAGAUUCAAGUACCAGGAGGGAGAUGUGAUGAGCAAACCUCAGGUGCGCAUUUGCCCUGCAGACCCCAGAACUGAUGGGAGGUGAUCCGGUCCCUUUAGUGCUGUGAGGAGGAGACCGGACUCAAGGAUCUGCCCAGAAGGGAAGGGUGUUGAGAUGCGUGACCAAAGCCCGUGACAAAAGUGGAUGCGCAUCCUCCCCUCAAGCUUAUGCUCAACCACGGAUCCCCUCCCGUCUGGCAGGACACAGCUGGCCUCACAACCGAGCAGGGCUGCGUCCUCCACUCCUUCCUCCAGGCAGUUUGGAGGCAUCGCUUCCUCUCCUUCUGUCAUGGUGUCUCUAUUCUAGACCGUGGGGAUUAAAGUUACCACCACAGCAGGCCUCCAAGUGCGGUCCCCAGUGGUCCACAAGCACCUCCUUCCCCACGACACCUCUGGGGAAGUAGAUCCUCCUCAUUCUUCAGCCAAGACAUGCCUCACAUCAGGUGAGAUGCAGGCACAGGUCUGAGACACAGCUGCCUUCCACCAAACCAGACGCUAAAGGUUUGCAAAAAACAACGCCACUCCUCUACGCAACAGAUUUGUUAUUUUUUAUUUUAAAAAAGUUAGCAUGCAAUGGAUUUAUUGUUUUUAAAAGAAUAAAUAUUUUUUAAAGUCAUCGGCUU